AUGUGGAUGGACGUAUUCAUACUGGCUGUCAACUGCAGGGACUGGAUGAACAAGAAACGCCUGACGCUCACUGACAGGAUCUUGACCUUACAAGGGAGCAUCAGAAUAUGGCUUGCGUGCAUUGCAGCAGUGUGGUACAUCUUGGAAAAAUUCUAUCCUUGGAUCGCUGAGAUAGGCCACAUUUUGAAAGUGUUCAUGUUCAUUCUCUGGAACGUCAUUGUUUGGAACCUCUGGCUCACGGCUUCCUUGUGCUUCUACUACUGUGUGAAGAUUGCCGACUUCAGCCACCCGCUCUUCAUCCGCUUGAAACUGAGACUCUCAGGACUGAUAUCCACCUGGCUUGUCGGUUCUCUGGUUUUGUCCUUAGCGAGCAGCCUGCCCUGCAUCUGGUAUGACUUUGAAAUACGGCAUAAUGGGAACCUUUCUAACAUCUUCAGAAAUGAAAAUGCAUCUGACGACAACCAAGCAAACCUCGUCUUCAAAGUGUUCAUGUUCAUCCUCUGGAACUUCAUUGUUUGCAACCUCUGGCUCACAGCUUCCUUGUGCACCUACUACUGUGUGAAGAUUGCAGACUUCAGCCACCCCUUCUUCGUCCACUUGAAAGUAAGACUCUCCGGACUGGUAUCCACCUGGCUCCUAGCUUCUCUGGUUUUGUCCUUAGCAAGCAGCCUACCCUACAUUUGGAGUGACAUUGAAAUAUGGCAUAAUGGGAACAUUUCUAAUGUCUUCAGAAAUAAAAAUGCAUCUGAUGUAAACCAAGCAAAUACCUGCCUUUUAUUAGAGUCUUUGAUAGCCAUAUUGGGCAAUUCAAAAUUAAAAAAUGAGUUCUGUACAGCUUUGUGUUUUGCCAAGUACAAAGGAAAUGCUAGUUAG